CGGCCUCAUAGGCUAGGCCAGGAAAGAGGCGGAACUGCGCGAUCUGGCAAAUUUUCCGCCGGAUCAAAAAGGGGAGUGCACCGACUGUCGCGGGAGCGGCUUCUCCGCUCCUUGCUCCCGCGACAUGGCUUUCAACUUCGGGGCUCCCUCGGGCACCUCGGGCACCGCUGCGGCCACUGCAGCCCCCGCGGGAUUUGGUGGGCUUGAGACUGCCAACUCCACCGCCAGUGGGUUUAAUUUUGGGGGUUUCGGAUUAACUGCUAAUCCUGCAGUGAACUUUAAUAUUGGGAAUUUCGGUGUUCCUACUACCUCGGCGACUCCGUUCAAUUUUGGUAACAGUCUGGCAAGUGCAGGUGGGUUCGGAGGAUUUGGGACAACAGCUACAACAGCAGGUUCUGCGUUCAGCUUUUCUGCACCAACUAACACAGGCACUACUGGACUCUUCGGUGGUACUCAGAACAAAGGUUUUGGAUUUGGUACUGGUUUUGGCACAACUGGAACUAGUACUGGUUUAGGUACUGGUUUGGGAACUGGACUGGGAUUUGGAGGAUUUAAUACCCAGCAGCAGCAACAGCAACAAACCACAUUAGGUGGUCUCUUCAGUCAGCCUACACAAGCUCCCACCCAGUCCAACCAACUCAUAAACACUGCGAGUGCUCUUUCUGCUCCAACGCUGUUAGGAGACGAGAGAGAUGCUAUUUUAGCGAAAUGGAAUCAACUGCAGGCCUUUUGGGGAACAGGAAAAGGCUAUUUCAACAAUAAUAUUCCACCAGUGGAAUUCACACAAGAAAAUCCCUUUUGCCGAUUUAAGGCGGUAGGUUAUAGUUGUAUGCCCAAUAAUAAAGAUGAAGAUGGGCUAGUGGUGUUAGUUUUCAACAAAAAAGAAACAGAUAUUCGAAGCCAGCAACAGCAGUUGGUAGAAUCGUUGCAUAAAGUUUUGGGAGGAAACCAGACCCUUACAGUUAAUGUAGAGGGUAUCAAAACAUUGCCAGAUGAUCAGACAGAAGUUGUCAUUUAUGUUAUUGAGCGUUCUCCAAACGGUACUUCAAGAAGAGUUCCAGCUACCACACUAUAUGCCCAUUUUGAACAAACCAAUAUAAAAACACAGCUGCAGCAACUUGGUGUAACCCUGUCCAUGACUAGAACAGAACUUUCUCCUGCACAGAUCAAACAGCUUUUACAGAAUCCUCCUGCUGGUGUUGAUCCUAUUAUCUGGGAACAAGCCAAGGUGGAUAACCCUGAUCCUGAAAAGUUAAUUCCUGUACCAAUGGUGGGUUUCAAAGAACUUCUUCGAAGACUGAAGGUUCAAGAUCAGAUGACUAAGCAACAUCAAACCAGAUUAGAUAUUAUAUCCGAAGAUAUUGGUGAAUUACAGAAGAAUCAAACUACAACUAUGGCCAAAAUUGCACAAUACAAGAGGAAACUCAUGGACCUUUCCCAUAGAACCUUACAGGUCCUAAUCAAACAGGAAAUUCAGAGGAAGAGUGGUUAUGCCAUCCAAGCUGAUGAAGAGCAGUUGCGAGUUCAGCUAGAUACAAUACAGUGUGAACUAAAUGCGCCUACGCAGUUUAAGGGCCGACUUAAUGAACUGAUGUCCCAAAUUAGGAUGCAGAAUCAUUUUGGAGCAGUCAAAUCUGAAGAAAGAUACUACAUAGAUGCAGAUCUGUUACGAGAAAUUAAGCAGCAUUUGAAACAACAACAGGAAGGCCUCAGCCAUUUGAUUAGCAUCAUAAAAGAUGAUCUAGAAGAUAUAAAAUUGGUAGAACAUGGAUUGAAUGAAACCAUCCACAUCAGAGGUGGUGUCUUUAGUUGACAGAUUGUAAACUUGUGUUCAGGGUUUGUGAAAUGUAUCUUCUUGCUACAUGGAACUUUCAAUAAGAACGAAACUGACCACAUGGACAAAAAAAGAAAAUCCUCUCCUGGCUUGGUUUUUGAGAAGGUUACUGACAAAUUAUUGUUCUUCAGAUUUUAAUGUCACCUCACAGCUCUUCAAAAACAGCCUUUAAAAGACUUAUAUCUAAAAGCUGUUAUUUACUUUGAGAAGUAUAUAAUUAUCAACAAUGUACUAUGGUACAUUUUUGAAAAGCAUUUUUCUGAAAAGUAAUCAGUGUUUAAUGAUUAUUCUCCAUUGAGCCUGUACUCUGCUUUCCAUAGCAAGUAAAUAUGCAAUAUCUACUUUGCACAUAAAAUGUAUUACUACUUGGCUGUUGGAGAUUUGUACUUUAGAAUAUGAAUGUACAUCGGUUUUUAUAUUUGUGAAUUGAUCUGUUGGAGGAGUAAAAAUCCAAGAGUAUUUAAUGAUUAAUGUGGUUUUCUUUUCAUUCUAUAAAGAUUUGAGAUUAUAUUUUUAUAUUAUUUUACUUAUUUGGAAUUUACAGAACACACCUAAGCAAUUAGGAUAUAACAAAAUUACAUUUUAUCAUUUUUGCCAACUUUUGUUUUUUAAACCUUUUUAUUUCUAAAAAAGAUGAAAACAAAUAAAUUCUUGAGUGUAAUUACUUUUAUAAAAUUCUGUCUGGUGCUUUAUUUGGCUCUGGGAGAAUGACUUUUCAUGCCUAUCACAAUUCAAGAAUUUUAGUCUUUCCUGGUUUUAAAGUCUAAUUUUUCCCUCCUAAGAAAAAUAAUCAGUGUUUAUUUGACUUGGAAAAAAACCCCUCAGAUAUCAUCUAGGAUGGAGAACUUCCUAAUAUAUCAUUAAUAUGUAAAAUCACUAGAAAGCCUGAAUUAAACAUUGUAAUGUGGUGAUGCUUUGGCAUGAAUCUUGCCACUCUGGUGUUUAUUACGGGGAUCGUAAGAAGUGUGUAGCACUGUAUACCCAGAGUCCGUCCUCUGAGAUCCCACUGAGAGAAUUUCUGUCCAGUUGCAGACUAGGUAACAGUUGUGUAGGGGACUAGGAGUUUAAAACUGAUUGUUUUAUUUCCAAGAUAGCUGCUAGAAGUCUGCUGCCACUUUUGCCAAGUGUAUGGUAUGCAAACUUAUACUACUCUAUAUACUGUCCUCUUUCACCAUACUUUGCUACUCUUUGUUACAGUUCCAACAAUGCUAGGAGAUAAAUUUCUUUUUCUCCUUGGACCAGGAAUAAAAGCACUUCCAUCUUCCUCAUCCACAUAGCCAGCUGUGGAAGGUGUCUGUCCCUCUGCACACCCUCUUACUGCAGGGAGAGUUGUUGAUCUAACUGGUAAGAAUUGUUAUUCAGUGAGCCACACUCCCUGAAGAACAAAUCACUACUCACACACACCAUGGUCACUCCUCUAACGUUUCAUUUUUUGUGUUCUGAUAUUUAAUUUCACAAAAUAAAUACCCCCCAAAAGAGCCCAGUAGGCCUCCCAAGUUUUGACCCCACUGGUAACUUACUGCACAUGGAAGGUGGGUCUGUGGUCUUGUUCGUUCAUGUAGCUGGUUAGACAGGACUGAACUCUGCUACAAGUGUGGUCCAAGUGAUAACCAAGUUCUAGAUUUGGGUGAGCAGGAAGAGACGAAGCCCACUUCAGUCUCAGCACGAAGUUGUAUUCUCCAGCACAACUUACUGAAGUUCUGUGUUUAGUCUUCAACUGGCUAAUGGUUCUUGUGGAUAGUCCACUCAAAUAAAGAGAAGUAAAUGGUGGAAUGAAAGCACACUGAACCCCUACUACUUAGAUAUAGUUUUUCUAUAGCUUUGAAAGUGACCUUAAAUUCUUUUUAAAACAUUGGUGAAGUGUAAACAACUGCCAGUUUACCAAAGUCCCAGGGUUAACUCAGUCUCUCUUUAGCCACCAUAGUACAGUACCUUGGGGGAAAUGGUACUAUACUGUAUAACUUCAUUUAUAUUCCAUUGCUUACUUAGCCUACGUAUAGAGUACUUACUCUCUACCUUCCUGGAAUAACAUGAGAUUCAAGUUAGGAAUUAAGUAUGUCAAUCACUUGAUAAACUUGUGCUUACAAAAAUACAAAGUGUUCAUAUAUUGGGAGAUAACUAUUGGAAGUCAAAGUCUAUUCCUUCAAAGAUGAGCAGAACAACUUUAAAAUUCUAAUUCAGUCUUGCCACAGCAUGAUGGACCUAAAGGGUGUUAUGCCAAGUGAAAUAAGUCAGACAUAUGAUGUGAUUUCACACAUAUGUGGAAUCUGAAGAACAAAAUAGAAACAGACUUAUAGAUACAGAGAACAGACUACUGAUUACCAGAGGAGAGAGAGUUUGGGGGAGCAGGUAGAAAAGGUGAUGGGAUUAAGAAGUAACUAGUUGGUAGGUACGGAAUUGUCACAGGGAU